AUGUACCGCAACACAGUGAUCCGGCCCGGCUACUGCCCCUUCUGCCUGUGGAAUGAGGAUCUCGCCGGAGAAGAUCGACUCAAAAGCAGCAAUCUGAAGCAGCUCAUUGAAGAUGAGUAUAUACUAGGAGAGCAGGAGCAUGGCGCGAGGCUAGUCUGUGGAUAUGGUCAAACUUUUGUCGAUGAGCGCAGUCUUCGACAUCAUCUGCAUAAUACUCACAAGCUGAACAAAGCUAUAUAG